AUGGAUUUGUGCCCAAUCCUUAACGAAAACUCAACGGCACAUGUUGACGCUGUCAGAGGUUUUCUGGGACCUCCACAAAGACGAUAUGAUCCUUUUUCUAACACCUACAAUCACGGGUGGAAGGAUCAUCCUAACUUGAAUUACGGAGCUAAUCCCCGAUAUAAUCCGUCAUACCAACCGAGACCUUUGAAACCACCGCAACUGCCACCCAAGCCGAGCACAUCUCUAGAAGCUAUUAUGGAGAGACUUGCUGUCGAUGCUGCAAAAUACCAACAAAGGACAGACGCAUCAAUACAAGAGUUAACUAAUCAAGUUAGUAAACUCUCGAUGGCAGUUAAUCGUUUAGAGUCUCAAGGUAAAUUACCUUCCCAGACAGAGCCGAAUCCUCGGCAGAAUGCAAGUGCAAUAACUCUUCGUAACGGAAAAAUUUUGGAACCAUUUCCAGAAAAAAGUCUUGGGCAAGACAAGGAACGGGAAAAUCAGAUCCGUGAUCGAAAAGCCAAACCAGAAUCAGAAAUUCAGAAACCAGUUGUGGUGCCACCUCCUUUUCCAGGGAGACUCGCGAACGAUAAGAAAGGAAAUGAGGAAAAAGAAAUGCUCGAAACGUUCAGGAAGGUGGAGGUAAAUAUCCCUUUGCUCGACGCUAUCAAACAAAUCCCUCGCUAUGCAAAAUUUCUCAAAGAAUUGUGUACUAGCAAGAGGAGGUUACUAGGUAACGAAAGAGUAAAUGUAGGAGAAAAUGUCUCCGCAGUACUGCAAAAGAAAGUUCCGCCCAAAUACAAGGACCAAUGUAUGUUUGCUAUUUCUUACGAGAUAGGUAAUGUAGGCAUUAAGAAAGCCAUGUGUGGUUUAGGGGCUUCCAUUAAUAUUAUGCCUUAUCCUAUAUAUAAGAUGAUUAACGCGGGUCCUUUGAAAAAGACAGGAGUUAUUAUCCAGUUGGCGGACAGGUCAGUCAUUUAUCCCGAAGGGUUGCUUGAAGACGUCCUUGUUAAAGUUAACGAAUUAGUUUUCCCUGCAGAUUUCUACAUUAUUAAUAUAGAAGAUGAUAACACAACUAAUUCGUCUGGCAUCUUACUUGGAAGACCAUUCCUAAGUACCGCAAGCGCAAAAAUUGAUGUUCUGAGUGGAAUGUUGACAAUGGAGUUUGAUAGCGACAUCGUGAAAUUCAAUGUCUACGAAGCCAUGAGUCAUCCUAACUCGUUAUCAAAUAUUUCCAGUAUCGAUAGUAUAGAUUGUUUAACUCAAAAUUAUUCUGAAUAUCAUGACAUUGAUGAAUUGGAAACUGUCUUUUACAGAAGCAUUGACAUGGAUGUUUUAAGUCAUCUCGAGGAGUUAGCAGUUAUAGAAGAUCCGUUGCGCGAAAUUGUCAAACACUUGGAGACGCAACCAUCGUUGACAAAUCAGGGUAACCAAUUUGAACUAUUACCUUCCCAAACUAGAAUGUUGCCUUCGAUUUUGCAGCCACCAACCUUGGAGCUUAAAGCAUUACCGGACCACCUCAAGUACGUCUUUUUGGGAGAGAAAGACACCUUGCCGGUAAUAGUGUCAAACAAACUAACCAAAGAUGAGGAGGAAAGUCUAGUUCGAGUUCUGAUAGAUUAUAAAGAGGCUAUUGGUUGGAUAAUAGCCGACAUAAAAGGGCUAAGUCCAUCCACCUGUAUGCACAGAAUUUCCAUCGAAGAUAACACGAAACCAAAAGAGAUGCUCGAGGCGCCUUAA